AUGACGGGAAACAAAUCCAGACGGUCAGCUUCCAAGAAACUUUCACAUUUAAUCCCCAAUAUUGAUGCCACGUCUUCUUCAAAUGGCUCAGUAGUCAAGAAAUCAGCUUCCAAAGCAAAAAAAAGCAGACACGUACAGCAAUUGACAGGAUCUGGCUCGUCGUCUCCAGUGAAGCAUGUUAAAGGAGAAUAUGAUGUUGUAAUAGAUACUUCCAAGACUAACAUAGACAAAAAGUACAGAAUACCCAAGCUACCACUGAUCGGUAAUACAGUUCCAACAUCAUCACAUUCUUCGUCAAGUUCCAAAUCAGAACAGUCUGAUAAUUCCUUGGUGUCCAAUGCCUGGCCAGAGUCACUUCUGCAUUUUGUCUCUACCAGUUUUCUCAGAGCCAGCCAUUUAGAUGAAGUAACAAAGACGCAGUUCAACAAACAGAUGCAACAGCUUAUAGAAAUGGCUAUAGCCAAAAACAUGUUAUGGAGCAACGACUGGAUGAUUCAGAAGAUCCCCAUCUUGGAUGGAGGUGUAGACCUCUCUCUAGUAUCACAAGAAUCAGAGCCAGAAACAGGAAAUGGUUUCGCACCUUCCAGACUGAACAGCCCUGCAAUCCACGAUUACCAGGCUCUCAAUACCAAACGUUCUGCUGACUAUGAAUCGAAAGAGAGAAAGAAACAGAGAUCUGAGAGAUUCCAGACGGUUUCGCUGAGUCCCAGACCUGUGAAAGUUUCAACGCUGUCGUCUCCAGUGUUUGUAGGAAUCAGCCAGGCCCUAGAGAAAAACUACCUUCGUCUCACUUCUGAGCCAAAACCUGAAAUGGUGAGACCUCAAGAUGUGUUGGAACGUAGUAUGGACUAUGUGUUGGCUGUAUACGAGGCAAACAAGAUAUAUUCAUACAUUAUUAACCAGUUCAAGUCUAUACGGCAGGACCUUACAGUGCAGCAUAUCAAGAACGAUUUUACGAUUUAUGUUUACGAGACGAAUGCAAGAAUAUCCUUGCAGAACAGGGACUUGGGUGAAUUCAACCAAUGCCAGUCACAGCUCAACUACUUGUAUUAUAUGAUGAGAAAAAGUAGCACUGGGCUGACCAACAGGUUUUUUGCCCUGGAAGUAGAAUUUUUGGCAUAUCGUAUUCUUUACAUGAUGAUUACUAACAACCAUAGUGAAGUGUUCAAGUUAAAAUUAACCUUGAUCAACAACUUCUCGCAGUUCACCCGGACAGCAGAAGAAGAAGACUUAUUUGACUUUAUUGAACUACUAUUUAGAUUACAUCAGGACAUUAUAACCGAGGAUUUCCACGAUUUUUUCUUUCUGAUCAAGAAUUUGAAGCUGUCAGCCAAGUUGUCUUUGGCAUUGGCGACGAUCAGAACAUAUUUAUUUGAGAAGAAUAGACUUCGAAGCUUGUAUCUCAUGACAAGCAGUUACAAGAAGCUCAAUACUUCUUUUGUUAAAGAUGAGCUCUGUUUCGACGACGUGGAUGCUUUGAUUACAUUUUUGCAAAGAAACAAGUUGACGAGCAUUGUAUCCGGCACUGCUCAAGAAGUCAAUUGUGUCGUAGCUAAGCCCAUGUUGGUGCAAAUAGUAAAUCAGCCCAACUUCA